UGAGAUUCUCUAUGAUGGAGUGUGAUACUUGUUUUGACAUUUUUUUGGAUAGAGAAAGGUUAUGUUUAUUAGCAUGUGAGGAGAAAAGCAAAAGCAAUUUAUUUGAUUAGCUCGGAUAGUUAUGUAUUUAAAGAAAAAAAAUGUAUCUACGUUUACUCAAGUUUCAAACAUCACGAUCGAACUCUUUUCAAACGUUGUCAUUCAAUGCCGACUUGAAUAUAACAGAAAAAUCAUGUCAUUUUUGUAGGAUACUACAAAAUUGUACUGAAGUUCGUCAUCGCUACCUUUCUACGUUUUUAAAUCCUAGUCCACUGAAAACACAAAAAGUUAGGAAACGGAGGACUAAAAGAAAAAACACAACAGAAUUGCUAGAGGUUUCUAAUAAGUCGACACUCCAGCUCACAACUAAAGUACAGAAGGCAAAUCUCAAUGAUUUGGAAAACCUUUUGCAGAUCAAAAAAGAUGUUUGUAAGCCAAGAGCAAAAUCCCCCUUUAGUUCAAGUGAACAUACCUAUGAUAAUUUAAGUGUAAUAAAUCAGUCUAGUAAUGAGAAUAAUAACUUGGAAACUUUAACCGAUAAAGAUUGGAGGAUUUUAAGCAUGCUGGGAUUUCCCAAUCAUUUGAAUGGUCCUGAUGAAAAUUCAAAUUUGAAAAUUGAUAAGGAUAUUUCACCCAUUGAUAAAAAUGAUUUCGAAGAAAUUUUACUUACUGAAGAAGAUUAUGUGAUGGAUGAUUCUAUAGACAUUUUAGAUAGCGUAUCUGGUAGCAACCUAAAUUUUGAAGAAAAUGUGAAAGAAUAUUUCAACACUGAUCAAAUUAAACCAAAAAGGAAAAUAUCAAAGAAAACGCCUAAGGUUAUUUCAGAAAAGGCCAAACUUCUUCUCCUUCAAAAAAGAAAAGAAAUGAUUAAUAAGACUGUAGCAGCAUAUAUUGAAGUUUGUGUUGAACAAAAAAAGAUCAAGAGAGCCGAGUAUGCCUUAGCUUUCUAUCAGCAUAAAGCUUUAGCCUCAUUCAAAACUCCAAUUGUGGAUGAGAAUACUUAUAAUGCAUUAUUGAAAAGCUAUGCUAGUAAAGGACAAUUAGAUGAAAUUUUUAACAUUUGGCAAAAAAUGGAAAAUGAUAAAGUAAAUCCAAAUCUUCAAACUUAUAUAAUAUUAUUGUAUGGCUUUGGAAAGAACACUUCAAAGGAUGUUGUAUUAAAAAAAAAAAUUGAAAAAUAUCUCAUAGAAGCUAAGAAAAAGGGUUAUAAUUUCAAUAAAAUGAUGAACGAUGGUGUAUUUCUCGAAGAUGAAAGACAAACUGUAUUUGAAACUAUGAAAAUAUUUGAUCGAAAUUUUAAACCAAGAUACAAUAUCCCAAUAAUGCAUUAUAACAACGAAUUAGUCAAUGAUUUAAAUCAUCAAGAUCAGUCUUGUUCACCAAAAAAAGAAUUGGGAAGUAAUGGAUUCUUUGAUUCCGAUGACUUGAAGAAGAGAAUUGAUGAACAACUUGAACAAGAGCAGCAAAUUUCAAUAACAGUAAAAAAUAUUGAAGCAAGGGAACAACCUUCUGAGGAAACUCUCAGAUAUAGAAACUAUGUAGAAGAAUUGCACAAAAAUUGGACUGAAGCAGCUACUGAAGCAUUCAAAAGAAACUUAUGGGGCCUAUCGAAUGAGAAAAGUGCUAUUAAUCAAGAUGUUUUUAUGAAGAUUAUUCCCAUUGAAGAUUUUGUCACUAUUAUUGUCGACGAGGCUAAAAAAUUAUCACAUGGUUCAGAAACUUACAGUCCAACUGUAAAUAUGUUAUAUAGAGAUUUAGGAAAUAAAGUUUAUAGGAGAUAUAUGGUACUAAAACGAAAAAACACAGGUGUUCUAGACAAGAUUUUAUCAAUACACAAUGAAUACUGUGAGGAUUAUGCAAAUAGUCACAAAAAACUUGAUGUACUGCCAACACAUGUAGAUAACUUGAAUCCCAGACAUAAAUGGCAGUGGUUUGAACAUAAUCUCAAACCUCAAGGUUCUACAUUAGAUAUGGACCAUAGGGAGUGGGUAUUGUCAGUUGUUUCUCAGAUUGGAAAAUUUCUUUAUCAUAUUAUAAUGCAUGAUCUUAAAAUAGAUGUGAAUUGUAUGAAGCCAAAUUCUAAGCAAAAGAAGGACUUUCCAGCAUUCUACAAUAUUUUCAGAUAUGAAAAUCGCAAACUGAAAGAAGAAGUUAAGCCACAUCCAGUUUUAGUUAAAUUAAUAAGAGCAUCAGUACCAGAAACGAUGUCGUUUGCUGUGGAUGAAGUACCUAUGCUUUGUCCUCCAGUACCAUGGACUUCAGUUGAAAAUGGUGGUUAUCUUAUAACAUCCAGUCAGAUGGUUCGAUUGCCUUCAUUUGCCCAGAACCAAAAAAAAAUUUUGAAAUCAACUCCUACUCAAAACCUAUAUCCAGUUUUUGACUCAUUGAACCAAUUAGGUGCUGUGCCAUGGAAAGUAAAUACAAAAAUAUUGGAAGUGAUCACUGAGGUUUUCAACAAUGGAGGAUCGGCUAAGCUGGAUGUUCCUGAGCCUCCAUCUUCUUUAUCACCUCCAGUUCAGCCUCCCAACUUGAAAGACUUGGAGAAAACUGCACGUCUAGAUUUUUUGAAGCAAAAAUUACAGUAUCAAAGACAAAAAGCUGAAAUGCAUUCUUUGAGGUGUGACUGUUUGUACAGAUUAUGUCUAGCACAUCAUUUUCGUGAUAAAAUAUUCUGGUUACCUCAUAAUAUGGAUUUCAGAGGGAGAGUUUAUCCUCUACCACCUCAUUUGAAUCAUUUGGGUUCUGAUUUAGCUAGAUCCAUGUUGGUAUUUGCAGAGCCAAGGCCUUUAGGACCAAAUGGUUUGAAUUGGCUCAAGAUCCAUCUCAUUAAUUUGACGGGGCUUAAAAAGAGAAAUAGCGUAAAAGACAGACUUCAGUAUGCUGAGGAAAGUAUGGAUUUGAUAUUCGAUUCGGCCGAUAAUCCAUUAGAUGGGAAGAGGUGGUGGGCAGAAAGUGAUGAACCAUGGCAAACUCUUGCUUGUUGCAUUGAAAUAGCAGAUGUUGUAAGAUCUGGAGAUCCAGAAAACUACAGAUCACAUUACCCAGUUCAUCAAGAUGGAAGCUGUAAUGGUUUACAACAUUAUGCUGCUCUAGGUAGAGAUAAGACAGGAGGCUUUAGUGUCAACUUGUGUCCUGCUAAUGUGCCCCAAGAUGUAUAUAGUGCAGUGGUUGCUCUUGUUGAAGAAAGGAGGAGAAUUGAUGCUCAAAAUGGGGUGGAGAUUGCGAAAAUCUUAGAAGGUCAUAUAAAGCGCAAAGUGAUAAAACAAACAAUCAUGACAUCUGUAUAUGGAGUAACAUGGUAUGGUGCCCGUCUUCAGAUAUCCAAACAGCUGAAAGACAUUGACAAUUUUCCAACAAACCAGGUGUUCGUAGCCUCAAAUUACUUAGCCACAAAGACUUUUGACUCUUUACGAUCAAUGUUUACAUCGGCUAAAGAAAUUCAAGAUUGGUUCACUGAAUGUGCUAAACUUAUAUGUUCAGUUGGUGGACAACAUAUGGAAUGGGUUACUCCAUUAGGAUUACCUAUUGUACAACCUUAUAUAAAACAUCGCACAUUCAAGAAAAAUUCAUUGUAUGAACCAUAUUUAGAUGACAAAUUCGAAAAACCAUAUGUUUCAAAACAUAAAAAUGCUUUCCCUCCAAAUUUUAUUCAUUCUUUGGAUUCAACACAUAUGAUGCUUACUUCGUUGAAUUGCGAAAGAAAAGGACUUACAUUUGUUUCUGUUCAUGAUUGUUUUUGGACUCAUCCAUCAACAGUUGACAUAAUGAACAAAAUAUGUCGUGAACAGUUUGUUGCACUUCAUUCCCAACCAAUAUUAGAAGAGUUAAGUCUUUAUUUGACACAAAAAUAUAGUUACAGUAAUGCAGUUUUAGCCAAUGAUGGAUCAGUGUUAGAUUUAACAAGGAAGAAAAUGAAUAAAGUAUUGAGUAAUUUGCCACAAACAGGUGAUCUGGACAUAAAACAAGUAUUGGAUUCUGUUUAUUUCUUUAGUUGAAAAUGAUUGUGAUGAUUAUAUGUUCUUGUAAAACUUGAA